CAUUGAUCGAUUUGUUGUUGUUUCUUGUUCUUCGCGUAAACAAACAAUAUGAUAAUAAUAAUGAGUAGACAGCGAUUACAAUCGAUUAUAUCAACCUUGGUUACAAUUCAUCCUCAUGAAACCUUGAACGUUUUCUACUCAACUUCAACUUUCUUCUUCGUAAGUAUUGAGCGCAUAUUUCGUCGUUUUGCCGUUACGUGACGAAGGUGCGAUUUCGUUAGGUGUACAUAAUCUCCCUGGCCUUUUUGCCGGAUCGUUGGUGUUGACGUUGAUUGCGGCUCCUCUUACAACGCUUAUAUUCUCCUCGCCUAAUAUUUCUAAAGCUAGGGCUUUGGUGUUGAUACACAGGUUUUUUAGUGCAAGUCUUGUUCUGUUUUUCAUUUUAUGGAUGUUUUCGUCUCCUGCAAACUCAAAGGGUUUCGUCUCCACAUCAUCCACCAUAAAAGAGGAAGUAAAAGCUGAGGAACAUGGAUGGUUUUACAUUUCAGUGAGAAUCGGCUUCUUCUUAUGGGUUGCUCUGUUGAAUCUAAUAACUAUAUCUUCAACCUGGGCACGAGUCAUUGAUGCCAUGGAUAAUGAGUCAGGUUCAAGAUUGUUUGGAUUAAUUGGUGCUGGCGGUACAUUUGGCCAGCUUUUUGGUUCCUUGUUUGCAACAACAAUGUCUUGGUUGGGACCAUAUCUGCUUUUAAUUGCUUCACUAUUGAUGGAACUUGCUGCUCGGGCUUCACAAACGAUAAACAAGGAUAUGUCUCACAGUUCUGUAGUAUCAUCUCCCCUCACAACUGAAAUUAAUCAGAAGGAUGAGAAAUCCAUUCAAAAAGAAUCCUUACUAAGGACUUCUAGUUCACCUACUGCUACACCAAAGCCUCGGUUUUGGGCUUUACUUGAAGGAAUAAGGCUUAUAUGCUCAUCAACUUAUUUGUUAUACGUCUCAUUGUUUUUGUGGCUAAGUGCAGUCACCAAUUCAUUCUUCUAUUUUCAGAAAGUUACGAUAAUUGCCUCAACUGUGGCAAGCCCCAGUGAAAGACGACAAUCAUUUGCACAGAUCAAUAGUUUUGUUGCUGUUUUUAUCCUUGCUGGUCAGCUUACUUUGACGGGGCGUAUUCUUACUGUUGCUGGGGUUACUAUAGCUCUUUGUUCAACACCGUUGUUUUCUUUUUUGAAUUUGAUAGCCGUUGCAAUAUGGCCAACUUAUUGGGCCGUUGCCGUCUGGGAGACCUUCCGGAAGGUGGUAUUGUAUGUUCUAACCAGGCCCGGAAGAGAACUGCUUUUCACUGUUGUCUCACAGGAUGAAAAAUACAAAGCAAAGGUAUGUAUAGAUGUACUUGUGCAAAGGCUUGGGGAUGCUAUUGCUGCUGGAAUGUACAGGUUCUUAUACAGCAGUCUGAAUGGGAAAAUGACCACCAUUUCUCUCUAUGCGUUACCUGUCUGCUUUUUAUGGAUACUAACAGGAUUUCACUUAGGACGACGACAAACGCAACUUGCAAAGUCGCACAAUAAUCCCUCUUUUUCCUGAACAUAGCCAUGUAACAUGAUCUUAGGAUCUAAAAAUAUGUUUGCAACAAGCAUGUAAAUGUGUUUUUUGUAACCCUUAAUGGGGUUUAUCAAUGUAAAAAAAUACUAUAGGAUUGGAGUAUAAAAUUGCCGAGUAUAGAGUCGCUACAA